AUGAAAUCGCAAGCCAUGCAGAAGGAAGGGAAGGACAUCAACAUUAAGGAGGUGAUGGACUGCUGGACCCUCCAGAUGGGUUAUCCUGUUGUGACCAUCAGUAAGAACUACAGUCUGGACCACAGCGUCACCAUCACACAGGAACACUUUGUCUACGACAGGGACGCCAGGUUCAGAGACUCUGACCUUUCCAACAGAAGUCUACAGUGGCAGAUUCCUCUGACUUUAGCAGUGGGGAAUUCGACUUACAAAUCAACAGAAGUCAUCCUCUGGAUCUCCAAUAAAACAGAGACACACAAAGUGGGCCGGAUGGACGAUGACAUGUGGUUGCUAGGCAACAUCAACCAGACUGGGUACUUCCGGGUGAACUACGACCUCCACAACUGGAGGCUCCUCAUUGGACAGCUGAUGACCAACGCUGAGAUCAUCUCUGUCGGCAACAGGGCGGGGCUCAUCGAUGACGUCUUCAAUCUGGCCAGGGCUGGCUACCUGCCCCAGAACGUGCCCCUCCAGAUCAUCUGCUACCUACCCCAGGAGAGAGAAUUCCUCCCCUGGCACGCUGCCAGCCGCUCCCUCUACCAGCUGGACAAGCUGCUGGACCGCACAGAGGACUACAGCCUCUUCAGUGACUUCGUGCUGAAGCAAGUGGCCUCAAAGUACCACAAGAUGGGCUGGCCCUUGGCUCUGACAGAAGGCUCCAUCAUACAGGCCUCCUACCAGACUGAAGAGCUGCAGAGAGAGGUGAUCAUGCUGGCAUGUAGUUUCGGGAACAAGCACUGUCACCGCCAAGCUGUGUCGCUCAUCUCUGAUUGGAUCUCCAGCAACAAGAACAGGAUCCCUCCCAACGUGCGUGACAUAGUGUACUGUACAGGCGUGUCUCUGAUGGAUGAGGACGUGUGGGAGUUCAUCUGGAUGAAGUUCCACUCCACAACAGCCAUCUCAGAGAAGAAGGUUCUCCUGGAGGCUCUGACCUGCAGCGACAAUGGCUUCCUGCUCAACCGGCUGCUGAAUCUUUCUCUGAGCUCAGAUCUGGUCCCAGAUCAAGAUGUCAUCGAUGUCAUCAUCCACGUGGGAAGGAACCCGCAUGGAAGACACUUAGCCUGGAGGUACUUCAGAGAGAAGUGGGACAUCUUGAAUUCACGGUACGGAGAGGCCUUAUUCAUGACUUCUAAGCUCAUCAGUGGGGUGACUGAAUUCCUAAACACAGAGACGGAGCUGAAUGAGCUGAAGGAGUUUAUCCAGAUCAGUGGAGGUGGAGCGGGGCCGGCGUUGGCCCGGGCCGUGGAGAUCGUGGAGGCCAACGUGAGAUGGCACAGUCUCUACGAACGCCAGAUCUUCCAGUGGCUAAGGAAGUCUCCCAACGGUUAACACAGGGUUCAGCCCAAGCAUGGCAUCUCUCUGACACUAUUUCAGACCCAACAACAUCAGGCGGAGAAAAAAAAAUAUCAGAAAACAUGAAUAUGUUAAUUUGAAUUGCAAAAUAAGACAUUUCCCCGCCCCCCCCCCAAAAAAAACCUUGACGAGAAAGUGACUGGAAAACCGGAGAGAGAGGGAACAGUGAAGACAGUCGAUGUGAUUGGCUCAGAUGACCUUAGUCUGACCGACCGUUUCGAAGGUGGAUUUGAUUAGGUAUAAAUAUUGCAUGGUGGCAUUCAUCUCCAGUGACAGGUUUUCUUUUUCAACGCAUGGUUUUCACCCCCCUCCUCUGAUUGGUUUUCCACUAAGCUGACCCCUGUGACCUUUUCAAUAACCUUUGAACCUCCGGUCAAGUCUUUAGUAGCCUAUGAGGAGAAAGACAAACUAGAGCUACAAGAGGCACGGGAAGAGGACCUGGCAGCAAUAUGAUACAACUGUGACAAGCACAAGUAUUAUCAUUUUUUUGUUCAAUGAUGACAAUCAUUAUUUUGAUUGGGACAACAAUAACAAAAAACUAAUAUAAAUUAUAACGAAAUAAAAUAAUAUGUGUACCUAAAUGUUUUGGACCUUAACCUUCUCUUUGAGCCAUACUGAGGUGGACUUUGUGACGUCUGGAACAUUUCGACAAGGGGACGUGGUGGCUGAAGUGAUGUUCAUUGUUGUGCGUGGUGUGCUCCAUAAUAACUUAUCCUCCUUCCUCAGCCAAUAAGGUUUCCCUAAAUGACGUUACGCCAGGGGAGACUCUGCAGAACCCAGGAGGCAGUUCGGAAGCAGGAACAAGGGGACUCCCCAUAACCCGAAGGAGUCACUAUUGAUUAUUGAUCGAUUAUCGUUAAAUUACAUCAUUUAUAUUUGCUGAUUGCACCGGAGUGUCCUUUGGAUUAUACCGUCUUGGUGUUUGAGUGAAAAUUAAACUGUUGUGAGUUGCAGGUUGAUAUUCUGUGUGCAAAUGGUCCACGUUGCUGAUGGGACUGAGAGCCAGUGAAUACAGUCUGUGUGAGCCGCGGUGUAGUAACGAUGACAUAUAGAAACUUACCUUGUUUUGGUCCAACGUCAUGCUUGGGUUUUCAUGUGCCGCUAAUUACUUCAUAAAAAAGUUUCGCUCAGAAACGCGUGUUUUAAGCAAAAGCAGAGGAAUAUGCUACAAUAUUCCUGACAUAUAUUACUAGUUUUGUUGCGACCCUGCAAGGCCCAGUAGACGUAACAGGCCGAUGCUAACAGCUAGCUGGAUAUACUCUGUGGACUCCUGUCAUGAAGAAUAGAACACAAUAAUGAGUUUUUAGUGUUGACACUCGGCUGGUAGAGCAAAUCCCCAUUGGGUUUACUGGGGAGUCCAUUGCUCUUAUUUUCUGUGGAAGAGUCAGUGCUAUUUAUAUCCUCUAUGGCUAAUCCUUGAUACUGUAGACCUCAACAAGAAAACAGUUGCAGCCCUUCACCAUCCUUUCCUUUCUUGUUGUUGUUUUGAUGUAUUAAAAAAUGUGUUUUUUUUCUAAAUGAGGGACUAUAUUGUUCUGUGUUUUGAGCAGAGCAGCAAUGGGAUUUUAAUGCUGACAAAUAAAUUAUUUUGUACAGUAACGCAA